AUGUCCUGGAUCUUUGGGGUGGCUAUGCAGAUGCAAGCCAGACCGAACAAAAUCCAUGGGCCAAAGACACAAUUACUGGAGUUUGGUCAACUACUGGCUCUCAUCCUCGUGAACCGUGGCCUGUUGGAUAUAAAUGAGAAUGUGGCGACCUAUUGGCCUGAAUUUGCAGCGAAUGAUAGGGAGACAUCAGCUUUGAAGCUUGCCGAGGAAUUUCAAGAUCUGGAGAAAUCCACUGCGAGGCUUGCAGAGCAACCUCCUUGGUAUGUCCCAGGGUCCCAGAGCGCAUACACAGGUUCCAUUUAUGGCCAUCUGGUAGGCGAACUUGUACGACGUAUUACAGGAAAAUUAUUGAGCCAGUUCAUUGCCGAAGAGAUCACAACGCCUCUAGGGGCCGACUUCCAGAUUGGUCUGCCUGAGGAGGAAUGGCCCCGAUGUGCUGAUAUUAUUCCGUUCUCACUGGAUAAAAUGGUUCCUCUUACUGCUCUUGAUCCUACUAGCAUCCUGGGUCGGGUUCUUCAAGGAUCUUUAGUGUAUCCUACAAUUCCUAAUAAACCCGUCUUUAGGAAGUCCGAGAAUGGAGCUAUGGCUGGAUUCUCAAAUGCACGUGCCUUAGCACGUAUUGGAUCUUUGGUCUCACUCGAAAGCAUAAUUCCCCUUAUUCCAGAAGAAGAUGGCAUUUGUUUCUGGUCAGGUUAUGGAGGAUCUAUGGUGAUUAUGGAUCGCCGCCGGCAGAUGACCAUAGCAUAUAUCAUGAAUAAGCUAGAGUACCGGUUGAGCAGUAACUCAAACUUCGACGCGUAUUUUCCUGAGAUCUACAAGGGCUUCGACGGUUGA